AUGGCUUCCGCUGCUCGCUCCGCCUCCCGCGCCUUCUUGCGCUCGACCUCCUCGUUCCGUCCGGCUGCGCGCUCUGCUCGCUUUGCCCUCCCCGCGCAGGGUUUCCGUGCCUCUGCUCGUCGUGGCUAUGCCUCGGAGGCUGGUGAGAAGAAGGGUGGCUCUGGCGGUAUCUUUGCUCUUGCCAUUGCCGUGGCCGGUGGUGCUGGUGCCUACUUCUACCUGAACGGCGAGUCCACCAAGGGCCCCUUCGUUCCCACCAAGGAGGACUACCAAAAGGUCUACGAUGAGAUUGCCUACCGUAUGGCCAACGAGACCGACUAUGACGAUGGCAGCUACGGUCCCGUCCUCGUUCGUCUUGCCUGGCACGCCAGCGGUACCUAUGACAAGGAGACCGGCACUGGCGGUUCGAAUGGAGCAACCAUGCGUUUCGCUCCUGAGUCUGACCACGGUGCCAACGCUGGUCUGAAGCACGCCCGCGACUUCCUCGAGCCCGUCAAGGCCAAGUUCCCCUGGAUCACCUACUCCGAUCUCUGGACCCUGGCCGGUUCCGCCGCCAUCCAGGAGCUGGGUGGUCCUAUCAUCCCCUGGAGACCCGGCCGUGGGGACAAGGAUGUCGCCGCCUGCACUCCUGACGGCCGUCUGCCCGAUGCCUCCAAGGACCACCGCCACAUCCGCGACGUCUUCGGCCGCAUGGGCUUCGAUGACCGUGAGAUGGUCGCUCUGAUCGGUGCCCACGCUCUGGGCCGUGCUCACACCGACCGCUCCGGCUACGACGGCCCCUGGAACUUCAGCCCGACUGUCUUCACCAACGAGUUCUUCCGUCUGCUCGUUGACGAGAAGUGGAACCAGCGCAAGUGGAACGGUCCCGCUCAGUUCACUGACAAGACCACCUCCACUCUGAUGAUGCUGCCCGCUGACAUUGCCCUCAUCAAGGACAAGGGCUUCCGCACGCACGUUGAGCGCUACGCCAAGGACAGCGAUGUCUUCUUCAAGGAGUUCGCCGAGGUCUACGUUAAGCUCCUCGAGAACGGUGUCCCCUUCACCAGCAAGCCCGAGGACCGCUUCGUCUUCAAGACCUCUGAGUAA